UUCAGUAUAAAAUUGUAAUGUCCGUAGAUCUCACGCAGGUUUUAUAAGAACUUAAAUAAUCUAAGAAAUAUUUUAUUUAAAGGAGAUACAGACCAUAAAGACAAACAUUCCCGUGAUCUUGAUAUAUUUAUUUAUAAAUUAUUAAAUCAAAGUGGUAAAAAUGAACUAAAAAGAAUCCCCCAUGAAGUGGUUUCUCUUGUUCGUAGUGGCCCUUGGCCUGGGCCUAGCCGCGGCCUCCACCGAUUCCCUGUCCGACUCCGACGCCUCGUCCGAGUCCGGAGUCCAGUUCGAAUCUGGGUAUAACUAUUACCGUCUGCCGACCUCGCUGCGCCCGCAAAGGUAUCACCUGCGCGUCCUCACCCAGCUGGAGAAUCCCGAGGAUCUGCGGUUUACCGGCAGCGUCAAGAUCCUGAUCGAGGCCCUGGAGAACACCAAGAACAUAACGCUGCACUCGAAGAAUCUGACCAUCGAUGAGUCCAAGAUCACCCUGAGUCAUGUUAGCGGUGCGGAGAAGAAGGAUAACUGUGUGUCCUUCACGUCAGUGAAUCCCAGCCAUGACUUUUACAUCCUAAACACGUGCCAAGAGCUGGUCGCCGGCAAUGUGUACGAGCUAUUCCUGCCCUUUGCCGCCGAUUUGAACCGACAGCUGGAGGGUUACUACCGCAGUUCCUACAAGGAUCCGGUGGCCAACAAAACCAAAUGGAUCUCUGUCACCCAGUUUGAGCCUGCUUCGGCUCGUCUGGCCUUUCCCUGCUUCGAUGAGCCCGACUUCAAGGCGCCCUUUGUGGUCACCUUGGGUUACCACAAGAAGUACACGGGACUCAGCAAUAUGCCAGUGAAGGAGACCAAGCCACAUGAAUCUCUCCAGGACUACGUGUGGACUGAAUUCGAGGAGUCAGUGCCCAUGUCCACUUACCUGAUUGCCUACUCUGUCAAUGACUUCUCCCACAAGCCUUCGACUCUGCCCAAUGGAGCCCUCUUCCGCACCUGGGCCCGUCCCAAUGCCAUCGAUCAGUGCGACUAUGCGGCAGAGUUUGGCCCCAAGGUCCUCCAGUACUACGAGCAGUUCUUCGGCAUCAAGUUCCCGCUGCCCAAGAUCGACCAGAUCGCCGUGCCCGACUUCAGUGCCGGAGCCAUGGAGAACUGGGGUCUGGUCACGUACAGGGAGAUCGCGUUGCUCUACUCGGCGGCGCACUCCUCGCUGGCGGACAAGCAGCGUGUGGCCAGUGUGGUGGCCCAUGAGUUGGCUCAUCAGUGGUUCGGCAAUCUGGUCACCAUGAAGUGGUGGACGGAUCUGUGGCUCAACGAGGGAUUCGCCACGUAUGUGGCCAGUUUGGGAGUGGAGAACAUCAACCCGGAGUGGCGGGCCAUGGAGCAGGAGUCGCUGUCCAAUCUGCUGACCAUCUUCCGCAGGGAUGCCCUGGAGAGCAGUCAUCCCAUCUCGCGGCCCAUUCAGAUGGUGUCGGAGAUCUCCGAGAGCUUUGAUCAGAUCUCUUACCAGAAGGGUUCCACGGUGCUGCGCAUGAUGCAUCUGUUCCUGGGCGAGGAGUCCUUCCGCUCCGGCUUGCAGUCGUAUCUGCAGAAGUACUCCUACAAGAAUGCAGAGCAGGACAACCUCUGGGAGUCGCUAACCCAGGCGGCGCACAAGUAUCGAGCCUUGCCCAAGAGCUACGACAUCAAGAGCAUCAUGGACUCCUGGACCCUGCAGACGGGAUACCCCGUGAUCAAUGUGACCCGUGACUACACCGCCAAGACCGCCAAGCUGAGCCAGCAGCGGUAUCUCCUGAAUACAGAGAUCGCUCGUGCCCAUCGCGGUGGAUGCUGGUGGGUGCCACUGAGCUACACCACUCAGGCUGAGCAGGACUUCAACAACACGGCGCCCAAGGCCUGGAUGGAGUGCGGCAAGGAGGGCCAGAGCCUGGGCAAGACAAUCAAGGACCUGCCGGGGGCCGAUCAGUGGGUGAUCUUCAACACGCAGCUGUCGACGCUCUACAAGGUGAACUACGAUGCCCAGAACUGGAAGCUCCUGAUCGAGACGCUGACCGGUGGCGACUUCGAGCGCAUCCAUGUGAUCAACCGGGCGCAGCUGAUCGACGAUGCCCUGUACCUGGCCUGGACCGGGGAGCAGGACUACGAGAUUGCCAUGCGGCUGAUCGAGUACCUGCAGCGGGAGAGGGAGUACCUGCCGUGGAAGUCGGCCUUCGAGAAUCUGAAGCGAGUGGGCCGCAUCGUUCGACAGACGCCCGACUUUGAGUUCUUUAAGCGCUACAUGAAGAAGCUGAUCGCGCCGAUCUACGAGCACCUGAGCGGCAUCAAUGACACCUUCAGCUCCAUUCAGCAGCAGGAUCAGGUCCUGCUCAAGACCAUGGUCGUGAACUGGGCGUGUCAGUACCAAGUGGAUGACUGCGUCCCUCGGGCGGUGGACUACUACCGCAAGUGGCAGGCGGAGGCGAAUCCCGACGAGAAGAACCCGGUGCCCAUUAAUGUGCGCAGCACUGUUUAUUGCACUGCGAUCAGGCACGGAUCGGAUGCCGACUGGGAGUUCCUCUGGACGCGGUACAAGAAGUCCAAUGUGGCCGCCGAGAAGAGGACCAUCCUGACCGCUUUGGGUUGCUCCAGGGAGGUCUGGGUGCUGCAGCGGUAUCUGGAGCUGACCUUCGAUCCCAAGGAGGCCAUACGCAAGCAGGACUCCAUGUGGGCCUUCCAGGCGGUGGCCUUCAACGAGGUGGGCUUCCUGCUGGCCAAGAAGUACUUCAUGGACAACGUUGAGUUUAUCUACAAGUUCUACCAUCCUCUCACCAAGGACAUGUCCCGCCUCCUGUCGCCGCUUUCGGAACAGGUCAUCACCCAGACCGACUUCAAUGAGUUCAAGGACUUUGUGAACAACUCCCGACAGUCGCUCAAGGGCCUGGAGCAGGCCAUCCAGCAAACCCUGGAGAUAAUGCUCACCAAUGUGCAGUGGAAGGAGCGCAACUACCACCAGAUGUCACGCUCCAUUCAGCAGCUUCUCUAGAUUGUCCAGCCCUUAGACUCUCAUCAGCUCAUUUAAAGGAAUCUCCAAGUUUCAGCAGCAGGAAUAUUAUGAAUAUUUAAAGUCCCUUAAAUAAAAUAUUUAAUACACUCUA